AUGCCCUCGUGUAGUUCUAUCCAAAGUGUAACUUCGGUCUCUAACACAUUCACUAAUCAAAAUUUGCCUUCAAAUUAUUUGACGACAGCGGAUCAUACAUUUUUAACUGAUACUGAGUACGUGUCAUACUAUUGGUCAAAAUCAGGCACUAUAUCUGUACCAGAGGUUACCACUUAUCUGGUCUCUGGUAAAUCAACCAUGAGCAUGCCCACGUAUGCACCUCCUACUACUACGUCUUCCUCAUCAUUGACUUCAUCGAGUACUUCCAAAAGCACAUCUACAACUUCUCAGAGUUCAACGAGUAUUUCUACAAGUACCUCUACGAGCUCAUCUUCGACAUCAUCAAUUAUGUCAAGUAGUGCACCUUCUGCCGGAACAAGUGAACGGUCAGAGUCUACUACUACAUUUACUGUCGGUUCAUCUGCCGUAACAACCGUGAUAUCUGAAUACGAAACCACCGAUUCCGAAGGUAGCAUGUAUACAGAAGAAACUAGAUCAACUGUUACUGGUUCCUCUGAAUCAACUACUGUCAACUCCGCCGUGAUCACUGAAGGUAUUUCUGAAUGUGAAGCGACCAACUCUGAAUGUCGAACAUAUAUAGAAGAAACGAUGUCAACCGUUAUUUCUCUACCUGUUUCCACAACUACUAUUGUUUCAGGGUCCACUAGCAUCACAGGCGUCGUUUCCGAAUACGAAACCACAGACUCUGCUGGUAACGCAGUAACUGCUACAACUACAUCAGUUAUUGAUGAAUUACCUGAAUACACCACUACGAUCACAUCUGGUUCAUCCACUGUGACAGCUGUUGUUUCUGAAUUCACUACUACCGACUCUGCUGGUAAUGUUGUCACUGAUGAGACUACAUCGAUCAUCACAGAUCUACCACACUACACUACUACGAUCACUUCUGGUUCAAGUACUGUGACUGCUGUUGUUUCUGAAUACACUACCACUGACUCUGCUGGUAAUGUUGUCACCGAUGAGACUACAUCUAUCAUCACAGAUCUACCACACUACACUACUACGAUCACUUCUGGUUCAUCCACUGUGACCGCUGUUGUUUCUGAAUACACUACUACCGACUCUGCUGGUAACGCAGUUGCUGUUACAACUACCUCAGUUAUUGUUGAAUUAUCUGAAUGCACUACUACUAUUACAUCUGGCUCAACUACUGUGAUCGCUGUUGUUUCCGAAUUAGAAACUACAGACUCCGCUGGUACAACAUACACUGUUACGACUACUUCAACUGUGGAUGAUUUGUCAAGCUUUACUAGUACAGUUACCUCUGGGUCUUCCUUAAUUACUAUUGUUGUUUCAGAAUACAGAACUACGAAUCUAGCUGGCAGCACCUAUACAGCUACAAAAACUAUCACAAUUGACGCUGGCGUAAGUUUACAUACUAGUACUGAGCGCAGCACCAACACGUUUUCAAGCACAGCUUGGAAUUCCAAGCUGUCAACCAUAGACUCUAGUGGUAAUGUUGACUCUAUUUCCCGGACGGCUACUUUUGAAAAUGGAGCAGCAAGUACAACUGGCCCCAUUUCGUUAGACGAUACUAUGACAGGUCUAUCUAUUUCUAGGUCCUUUUCUGGGUUUGCUUCGUUAAAUACCAACCCAACUGGAAACGAAGCCGCAGUGGCAUCAACCAGAUCCUCUCCAUCCGUUUUUACUCCAACACAAUCUGGAGAGAUUCAAGGGGUAAUUACAGCAACUCUAGCCUCAACUACUGCUGGUGAUUCAUCUUAUAAGGCUGGCGCAGCUAGUUUAUGUGCCACGACUUCUAUAAAGAUUUUGUUAGGUUCCCUUGUUUCCCUGUGCUUUAUGUUAUGA